AGGUUUCAUCUCAUAAUGUCCAAAGACGCGUGUCCGGUGGAAAUUCCCGAAUGGUUGAAUGGGGCAUACUUUGAAUCGUUGCUGAGAAAGUCAAAAAACGAUACUUCGCUGAAGAUUAAGUCGGCAAAGGUGGAAUUUGCUCUGGGGAAAGGAGAAAAUUAUGCUAGUGAGAUAUAUCGGGUGAGGGUGAUCUACAGAACUGGAAGGGGUGAAGAUUUCAGCCGCAGCUACAUUGUGAAAGGUAGAUCGACAAACGCUGUGGCCAAACGGAAACUCACCGAGUACAAGGUUCAGGCGAAAGAAAUGGAUAUCUACGAACUAGUUAUACCGGAAAUGAAGAAAAUGAUGAGGGCGAUUGGUGAUCGAGCCGAGCUGUAUCCGGCCGUGGUGACUGUUGAUCGUGAGCGAGACGUGAUUGUUUUUAAAGAUCUUGUACCCCGUGGAUACGUCAUGGCAGAUCGCCUUCAGAUGCUGGACGCCGUUCAUACCCGGAUGGCUUUGAAUUUGUUGGCCAAAUUCCAUGCUGGAUCGCUUAAACUGGUAGAGGAGCAGCCGACAAUUUUCGAUAGAUAUAAAACGGGGAUGAUGACCCGGGAAACAGACGCCUUUCAUCAGUUUUUUAACUUGACGUUCAAAUCAUUCGCCGAUGAGGUUGAUAGCUGGGGACCCGAGUGGCAGUACUACGCUAACAAGCUUAAGAAACUUCAGCUGGACUUCCUGGAACAAGGCCUUCGGGUGUUUGAUCAUCAAGACAAAGACGAUAUCAGAGUCCUCGUUCAGGGUGAUCUGUGGACCAACAACCUUCUGUUCAAGUAUGAUUCCAGCGGCAAACCACUGGAUAUCAUCUUACUAGACUUCCAAUUCUGUUGCUUCGCUUCGCCAGCCGUCGAUCUGUUCUACUUCUUCUUCACAUCUACCAGAGAUGAAAUCCGUCAAAACUGUCUGGACGAGUACAUGCAGUAUUACUAUAAUUGCUUGGUCGAAUACGCUAAACUGCUACACUGUACGAAAAAACUUCCAUCGCUUCAUCAGUUCCAGCAACAGCUAUUGAAGAAAAUGUUCAACGCAAUUUAUUCAUCAUUCGUAGCACUGCCGAUUCAGAUUAACGAGGACAGUACUGAUGCAGAGUUUGAAACACUAGUGGGGAACGAUGAACGCUCCAAACGCUACCGGAACACCAUUAUGACCAACCCGAAAUUUCACAAAAUUGUCAAAGGCUUGCUUCCUAUGUUUGAUCGGAAAGGGUUGCUGGACAAGCUGGAAUGGGUUGAGUUCCGGGAACAACGCGCAAAGUUCAAGAUGCUGCUAAGCUGGUUAACGUCUGUGUUUUUCGUGGAUGUGGUCACCAAAGAUUUGGGACUACCGGAAGGAUCGUUCCAGAUCGAUAAUCUUCUCCGAACCAAUGUGACGACCGAGAUCACCGCUUGGAAUGUGGCCAUUCAUCUGGCUCACAUGGAUGUGAUGCCGGAUUGUUUAAAAGGGAAACCCGUACACGUUUCGUAUUUCAUCAAAGAAAGCAUCAAUGGCGAACCGGGUAGCGAUCGAUCUCAGGAACAAUUCAAAAAGGAAUCUCUUAUAUAUCAGGAUGUGAUACCGGAAAUGGAACGAAUGUUCGAUUCGAACAUUACUUUCGCUCCAAAGUUCCUGAAGCACGAAACUAGUCCUCACGAUAUUUUGGUGUUGGAAAACGUCAGAUCGAAAGGUUUCGGCAUGAAUAGCUUGUACAAACGGUUCAACUUGAGGGAGGGUCAAAAAAUACUUUUGAAGCUGGGUCAGUUUCAUGCGGCGUCUGCCGUCUACCAUGCUCAGCACGGUGUCAUCAACGAUUCGUUCAAGGAAGGCAUGUUCGGAGAAAGUACUGCAGAGGAUAUGAACAAAUUUUUGCUACCAUAUUACAAAUCUUUCGUCGAAAGCUUAGAAAUCAGGAACUAUUCUAGUGACAUUGUUGAUUUGAUCCGUCAAUGGAAUCAAAAUCCGGUAACAGCCAUUGGGAAGAUGUUUAAGUACAAUCCCGACGGAUUCAAUGUUCUCAAUCACGGCGAUCUUUGGGCUUACAAUCUGCUCUUCCGAAACGAUGAACUACGAUUUAUGGAUUUCCAGUCCGCUUUCUGGGGUAGCCCAUCGUUCGACGUUCUCUUAUUGCUGUUCAAUGCCGUGAAAGUGGAAGAUGUGGUCGCUUCAUUCGAUGAACUGAUCGAGCUGUACCACCACGAAUUGGCAACAACCCUAGAGCAACUGAAAUACCCAAAACCAAUUCCAACCCUUGAAGAGAUCAAGCAGGACAUAGCCGACCACGGUUUUGUGGGCGCCUUCCAGUUGCAGGAAAUCAUUCCAACAGAUUUUUACUUUGCCCAAGGGGACCCGGAAGAGCCGAAGCUGGUCAUGCAGGAUAGCCCCGAAGGUGAAGAAUGUCGCCGGAAGCUGUUCCAGAUGGAGGAACUGGUGCACGAGUUCGAUACGUUGCUGCCGUUUGCGUUCGAGCGAGGUUUUCUGAAAGUGCCUCAAGUUGUGGAAAAUUAAGAAAAUUCCAUAAACUGCUCAUGACUGACACUUUCUUAUUUUUCAUAGGGAUUCAUCUCUAAAGAAAAUGUAAAAUAAAUGUUUUGGGAUAAAAAUGCGUUUUAUAAUCAACGGUAGCUCAUGGCGAUUCUGAAAAGUGCUACUGAACUGCAUAACAUUAGUCGAUGAAGUACCUAGUUUCUUAGCCUCAUUACGUACCUACUGAUGCCGAAGGAUGUCGUUUGUACACCCAUAGAAGAGGUUGCAAAAAUCCAAUGCCUAUUUAGCAAAUCUCUGUGCCGAUAAUGUGCCGAAGACUGUAUCUUUGAAAAGGCACUACUGGCACAAGGACUCGAGCUCCCAACCAAAAUUAUGCAUGACCACAACAUUCAAGCGAAACAAGAAAAACAGUUUAUGGGAUUUCCUUCCUAUUGGAUAAUUCAUCCCAGAAACAAGAAAAAAAAAUCACAGCGCCGUAGGGAGAGUCGAACUCAUAAUAUACGUUUAGUUAGACCUAGUUUUAAGAAAACCAUUAAGACACUUACGUCAGAUGGUCUUUUUUUUUAUAAACAAUACACAAUAAACAAUAUUGAUAUGCUAGUGUAA